UAAAACGCGUAAUUUUCUCUUUCUUUUCUUUCUUCUUUCUUUUCUUUCUCCUUCUCUCACCUGCUGAACAAUGGUGUUAGUAUCUUCACUUCCUUUUCUUCUCCUUCUCUUAUUGACAGAUCUCUGCUACUCCAUUUCACUAAGGACUACUGUCAACUCUACUGCUACCAAAGAGUACCUGAAGCUCCCACUGCUACACAGAACCCCAUUUAAGUCUCCCGCUCAAGCCCUUCCUUUUGAUAUCCGCCGCCUUUCUCUCCUCCACCGCCAACGAACCUCUCUAAAAUCCCCUGUCAUCUCCGGUGCUUCCACUGGCUCCGGUCAGUACUUUGUCUCUUUGCGCCUUGGUUCUCCUGCUCAAACUCUGCUCUUAGUCGCUGAUACAGGCAGCGAUCUUGUUUGGGUCAAAUGCUCCGCUUGUAAAAACUGCUCUAACUACUCUCCAGGAUCUGCAUUUCUCGCUCGACACUCUUCCACAUUUUCUCUAAUCCACUGUUUCAACUCACAGUGUCGACUCGUUCCUCACCCGCGCCCAAAUCCAUGUAACCGCACUCGCUUACACAGUCCCUGUCGAUACGAGUACUCGUACGCCGAUGGUUCCAGUACGAGUGGAUUUUUCUCGAAAGAAACGACGACGUUGAAUACAAGUGCCGGAAGAGAGAAGAAGCUUAAGAAUUUAGCAUUCGGGUGCGGGUUUCGGAUCUCAGGUCCGAGUCUUACCGGUGCGAGUUUUGCUGGAGCCCAUGGAGUUAUAGGUUUAGGUAGAGCGCCCAUUUCGUUUUCUUCUCAGUUGGGACGUCGUUUUGGUAACAAGUUCUCUUACUGUCUCAUGGACUACACUCUCUCUCCACCUCCGACUAGUUAUCUCAUGAUCGGCGGCCAUCAAAACAGCGCCGUUUCGAGGAAGAGAAUCUUGAAUUUCACGCCGUUACUUGUAAACUCUCUAUCGCCUACAUUUUACUACAUUGGGAUUAAGAGUGUGUCUGUCGACGGUGUGAAGCUACCAAUUAAUCCUUCCGUUUGGUCAAUUGACGAUUUGGGUAACGGGGGUACCAUCAUUGACUCUGGGACUACGUUGACUUUCUUAGUUGAGCCAGCUUACCGUGAGAUUCUAUCAGCAAUUAAACGGCGAGUUAAGCUACCGGGUCCUGGAGAGCUAACUCCCGGUUUUGAUCUUUGCGUGAACGUUUCGGGCGUGAGGAGACCCGUUUUUCCAAGAAUGAGUCUCGAACUCGCCGGUAACUCGGUAUUUUCUCCUCCGCCUAGGAACUAUUUCAUCGAUACAAGUGAGGGCGUCAAGUGUUUAGCGAUUCAACCCGUUAACUCGGGAAGCGGAUUUUCCGUGAUAGGGAAUCUGAUGCAACAAGGAUACUUAUUAGAGUUCGAUAGAGACAGAUCACGGCUCGGUUUUGCACGUAGCGGCUGUGCUUUACCGUGACAUAGAAAAACGGUGUCGUUUGAUUUUUUGGACUGAUUUGAUUUUUAAUUCUUUUUCAUUCUCAUUUUGUCAGGAUUUUUAAUGAUCAACUGUUGCUUAAAAUAUAAGGUUAUUUUUGAACAUUAUGGAACCAUUGGAGAGAUGCAUUUUGUUUUCAUUAUUGUUUCUAAAUAUUUUCUUUUUUAUUUAUUUUGCAA